GAAUGCUGGCAGCCGAUAAUGAAGCAGCUAUACCCCCCAGAAAUAUGAGCAGAGGGAACUAGCCACAUUUAAAGAGGAUGCAGCAAACACAUCUGAUAUAAAUAGUCUUCAAAAUUGUGACUUUCACGUCCCAAAUUUCUCGGAGGAUGAAGCUCAGCCUGCAUGUGCUUUGCACAGCUCUGCACGUCACUGUCGGCUGUAUAAUCUCUGGGCCUGCAAACGAGACCAUCACCAGACCAGCAGGAGGCGCUGUGCUCCUGCCCUGUUCCUGUACCGACCUACAGACCAAACCAGAGGAGUUUCAGUGGAGUUAUGUCAAUGAUAAGUGGUAUUUCGAUGUAAUUGGUAACUGGGCUGAAGCUGAGAAGAACCGUUACAGUGGUAGAGUGCAGAUAUUCAAUGCAAGUGCUCCAGGAAAUGCAUCUCUGCUUCUGUCUGACCUGACUGAAGAGGACCAGGGAGAAUACACUUGUAUCAUCUUCACCAAACAAAGUACCUCUGAGAGAAUCAUCACACUCAUUGUAAAAGAACAUCCCAAGACCACAACACUUCCCAGCAUGCCUUUCUUCAUCCGCUUGGCUCUUUCUGUGCUGCUUGUGAUGGUGGGAGCAACUGCAGUCAUCUGCUCUUCAUGCAGACGUAAACUAACAUAACACGCA